AUGAGAGAGUCUGAUGUAAGAGAAAUGUUUAGUAAAUACACAAAGAUUGAGCGUAUUGAUAUUAAAACUGGAUUUUGUUUUGUUGUUUGUGAAACAGAAGAAGAUGCAAAAAAAAUAAUCGAUUUAUCUCAAACAACUCCUUUUAUGUUCCGUGAUAAAAAAAUUAAUAUUGAACUUAGCAAACAGAAUAAUUCAAAUAAAGAAUGUUAUAUUUGUCAUCAACAAGGACAUAUUGCUCGUAAUUGUCCGAAGCAAUCAGGAAGAAGGUAUGAACGUAAUAGGCCUAGAAGAAGACGUUCAAGAAGUAGAUCACCAAAUAUUAGAAAUCGAAAUAGGUCGCCAAAUAGUAGAAGUAGGUCACCGAACAGCAGAAGUAGAUCACCAAAUAGUAGAAGUAGGUCACCAAAUAGUAGAAGUAGAUCACCUUCAAGAAGAAGAUAUCGUAAAAGUACUAGUUUUAAAAGAAGAUAUUCAUCAAGAAGUAGAUCAAGAAGUAAUUCUAGAAGACGUUCAUAUAGUAGGUCAAGAAGUAAUUCUAGAAGUUAUUCUCAAAGAAGUCAACAUAAUGACUAA